AUGGUUGAAGAUGACCGGUUUUUCAAAUGGAUAUCAUCUUCCUGCAAAUGCAUCAAGGAAUUACGUCUUGAAAAUGUUAGUGGAAUAAAAGAUAUCACGAUUGAGAGCUCGUCUUUGGAAAUAUUUAUUUAUCUGUUUCCUUUUAACAAUUAUGAGCUCUGGGAUCUUAACAUUUCAGGGGAGAAACUUGAAGAAAUAAUAAUACUUUGGCAUUUUGAUUCGAAUGAUGAUUCAAGACGUGGUCUUAUACCUCGCAUCAGGUCACUAAAUAUUCUCGCCCCAAAGCUUAAACAGAUCACGUGGGGUGGGAACUUUCUGGAUCAUCAGCAUCUUGGGAACUUAAUGUGCUUAGAAGAAGCUAAGAUUUUUCUGUUCCCCGACUUAGAUGACUUCAAGAACCCAUUUGAGGUUCUCUGCAGUAUUCGCGUGGUUAAAGCUCUUGUCCUAAACGAAGAGACUACAAAGGCUUUUUUCAUGGAAAGUUCGAUGCCAUUACCAUUAGAUAAUAUUCAUGACUUGACUUUGCAUGUUAGAAGCGUGAAUGAUGACUUCGUCCCAGCAAUGGUCUCUCUUUUCAGAGGAAUCACUACUUUGAAUACUUUAUGCAUAACGUCUGUCACAUACAAGCAAGCAAUUGAGGAAGCGUUUAAUGAAACUGAGGAAGAGGAUAAUAAUUAUGAGGAAGAGGACAACGGAACUGAGCAGGAGAAUAGUGAGACUACAGAAGAGGAUGGUGCAACUGAGGAAGGGGAUAAUGCUCCCAAGUUUGAUGUGGAAUAUUGGAAAUCCCAAAACCUUAAUUUUACUUGUGAGCUAAAGGAGGUGAAACUGGAGAUUGUGGAGGGUAAUAAUAAUGAAUUGGAUUUAGCAAGGUACAUUCUGGAGCAUGCUCAGAAAUUGAAGAAAAUGGUGAUUCUUCAUUCACCGCAGCAUCCGGAUAUUUUGGAAAUGGUAAGAAAAAGCAAGAUGAUAUCCACUGCAACAGUGGUUUUGCAAGAAGUAAUAUUGUAAUAUUGUAACGUUGGUACAGCAUGUGACACUUAAUUUGGAUGAAGGGACUCUCUAAUUCCUGUCAAGUGUAGUACUCGUAUGCUGAAUCGUGCAAUAUGCGUUUUGAACCUUCAGUCUUCAGUUCAUCCCCAAAUGCAUCAAAACCUUUCGUUUCCUUU